AAUUGAAAGUGGAAGUGAAAGCAGUUGGACAUCCGCGACAAUGACGCUGACGUUGGCCAAAUGGUAGGGUCAUUGCCCGCCCGACAUGGCAUGGUCUCGCGUGUCACGCAAUUGCCCUUGAGGAAGUCUGUCUCCUUUGAGAUCUGCCCAUCGUAAUGUGACGUUUGGAGCAGCAUCAUCGGGGAAUAGAUCCGCUGCCAUAUAUUGAUUGACUUGUUGACCACCACAAAAUGACCACUGCAUAAUUCACCUUGCGGCUCAGAACACCCUCAACUUUUCGGUGUUAGUAGCUUCACCUCCUCAUCACGCCUCCGGCUCCGUCUCAUGAAUUCCAAACAAUCUCUGACUCUACUAUUAAAAUCCACGCGACACUUCAGACCUCGCACCUGCUUCACAACACCCACGUACCGCACACUUCACUCUUGCAAGCCUCCAUCCCUCGACCCCAAACCUGUCCAGAAGUUCGCCUGCCAGAAAAGACACGCUUCAGACUCAUCAGACAUGUCAAAAAACCAGGAGGAUCAUCAGCACCAGGCCGGCGAUACCACACACAGAGAGGAAGAUCAAUGGAAGUUCCGAGAACCAUACCGCAUUCAGGAGGAGAAAGCUGGUGAUUUUGACGUCAAAUGGGAAGGACAAUGUCACUGCGGUAAAGUUCAGUAUCAACUAAGCAGAGACAAGCCCCUUGCUGCCAAAUACUGCCAUUGCACAACUUGUCAAAGACUACAUGGUGCACCCUUCCAAUGGGCAGCUAUCUUCCACAAGUCCGACAUCAACUUCACCCACGGUCACCAUGACCUCGGCUGGUAUGAUCCUACCAAUAAAGACACCUCCCAUCACCUCCCUUGCAAAGUUUCCUGCUCUUUUUGCCGUUCUCCAAUCAUGGACGAAGGUCGAAACAUGAUCCUCCUGUUUCCCCCAUUGAUCAAGAAAAUCAAUACGAAAGAAGGAAGGCAGGCGUUCAAGCCUACUUGUCACAUGUUCUACCCCCAACGAGUGGCCGAGUUCCGUGGUGAUGGCAUCGUCAAAUGGGCGGGUAUCGACAACAACAGCGAUCUUAUAGACGACGACGAGAACGUGCUAGUAAAGCAUGACAAGGACAUGAAGGAGGGCGACAUGGAUGAGAAGAAGCGCAAGCACCUCGAAUUCCACGAGAAAGAGGGUGGUGAAGAAGUGAAGAAAGUCAAGGAUUCGCAGUGAACCACCGCUGUCGCCGAAACGCAGUUUAGAGAACGUAUUGGCUAGACAUCUAUGACAGUUAUGCAUGGCACUGCUCCAAGAAGAGUCGUCUGGGUGAGGUAAAGUGCUGCAAUGUGUAGCCGCCAGCAUUGGAUGUGGGGCAUCGUUUGUGUAUCCCGCGAUGUACUGAGGUGUCCACAAAUAUGUAUGACUAGAAUCGGUCUGAUUUGCAGCAGCAUACCUGUACAGCCCAUGUCUGUUGGGGACUAAUAUAUCAUACCUCGUUCAGCACACCCAAAUUGAAGAUGUUGUACCAUGGCAUCGAAAGACGUUGACCUAUCACAAGUCUACCUAACUGUAGCAAAGCAGGGCUUUGACAUGCUCGAGUAUUUCUGGUCAUGUUGCUGAGAAUAACAUGGGUUGCCAGAGCCUCCGCCAAUAAUGUCGAGCUCAGUAAUGAGAUUGUACUGUUGCACG